AUGCAGCCUUUCACCCAUCUUGUCACCGCCACCCUGGCCCUGGCCAUCACCUGCAAUGCAGCCGCCAUGCCUCGCAUUCAAGACGGCCUUGUCACUAUCACCGUCACUGCGACCGGCGGCCCGGCCGCCGCUGCGCCGGAGCCGACCCCGGCACCUACUACCAGCCUCAAGUGCGACGAAGCCUACUGCGAGGACGGCAUCUCGUGGUGCAUGUACUGGGGAGGCAUGACGGCCUGGGACUUCACCAAGGGCGGACCUGUCCCCGGAGAGAUCCGCACUUCGGUCGGUACCUGCGCUCCGCAGAGUGCUUAG